AUGCUUCGUUUGGUGAGACAAGUUCCCAUGCAGGGUGGAAGAGCACCCAGAAAUACAAAGGUGAAACCAAGAAGUAGGCUAGGAUGCGAUAACUGUAAAAAAUUGAAAACAAAGUGUGAUGAAACAAAGCCUUCAUGUUUGAAAUGUUCCAAACGUGGAAUCGAUUGUGUCUAUUCAUUAGAAAUGGUUUUCCAGAACCCUAAAAUGGGGCAUAGAAAGCCAAAGAGAUUGUCCAAGUCACCUGUUUCAAACAAAAGAAGUAGCUUGGGAGCUUCAGAAUCUGCACCACUGGAAAAGAGCGUUGAAAAGUGUCUCUUGUUACCAUUUAAUAUGCCUUCGUUUAUUCCCUCCAGUGAAAUACCAAUACUUCCUCUUCCGGAGAACUUGCUAGAUCACCCUUACUUUAGAGAAGCUUUUGACUUUUACAGGCAUUUUACAGCCCAUUUUGUUGUUGCUGCAAAACCGCAGCUUUAUCCCUGGAACCCACUACACACGAUUGUUCCAGAACUAGCAAGAGAUAACAAAAACUUACUGGACCUCUUGGUUUCACAUGCACUAACACAUCGAAGUCUAGUUCUCACUGAUGAAAAUUACAAUCCUCAUUUAAUUGAGCUAUUAGUUACUAGAGGUAUGUACAACUUGAUAUCUACGGUCGGCUCAGCUAGGAAUGAGGUAACCUGUAUAUCGGCGUUGAUGUUGUGCACCCAAAGGAUUUUCUCAGUGGCAGAUACAGAUAAGUACCGUGAGAUUAUUGAAAUAGCCCAUACCAGCUAUAUGGCGUAUAUUGAAAAUGACCUUGAUAUCACUAGAAACGACACAGGCCAAUAUGUUCUCCAUGAGAAAAAAAACUGUUUGGCAUACUUUCUAAGAAACUGGAUUGGGUACUUUGAAAUUAUCGGUUUGAUGAUGUAUAUGGCACCCAAUCGUGCCAACACAUUUUUCCGGGAAAAAUUGGUAUAUGAACAAUUUGAAUUGCGUAAUGAUUCUAAAAUAGACCUCUUCUUAGGUUUCAACAUUGAUUUUCUACUGAUUUUUGAUAGAUUGAUUCCAAUCCUAAAGGAGGCAGACAAGACGAACGAUCAUAUUUCGUCUGAUGUUCUUGCAAAGGCUUUAGAGUGGGAACAUGAGCUUAGGGCGCAGUAUCAACAGUUCAGAUCAACGCCGGCUAAACCGACCGAUCCAACUGAGUCGGAUGAUAUCCUAAACGCUACAAACGAAGUUUUUUAUAAUACCGGGCUAUUGCAACUUUAUCGCCGGGUUUACAAAAUACCUAGAAAUAGUAAGAUAGUACAAAAUAUGGUCACAAAGAUUUACAAAAGAUUUAAGCAUGUCAUUGAAUCUGCUUCAAGUGCAGAAAACUGUGCAAUUUUGCCACUUUUUGUAGCAGCUUGUGAGUCGAUCGAAAAGGAACAUAGGAAUUUUUUUUAUGAAAGAUUUAAAAUCCAAUUUUUGGGUGGAAACUUCCCGACGGGUGAUGUACUAAAAAUUUUGGUGGAAACAUGGAAUACAGGCGACCCAUGGAUCAAAUCUGCAGAGAGAGUAGCAGGUGAAAAUGGCUUUUUUCUAAUAUAG